AUGGAUGACAUCAAUAAAAUUUUUCAACAAGCUGAUUCAGAUGGAACUGGCUAUCUUAAUAAAGAAAAACUUCAAAAUAUAUGUCCACAUUUAUCUUCAUCGGAAAUUGAAAUUAUAUUUCGUGAUCUCGAUACAGAUCAUGACAAUCGUAUAAGUUUGGCUGAAUUUACACGUGGUUUUAAAGAACUUAUAAAAGGAAAUGAUACAGAUAUGAUGCAAUUACAACUCAAUGAAGUAUUCAAUAAUCUAUCAUGUCAAGAACAAAUUUAUGAUUUUUAUGAAACAUUACGAAAUGGAUCAAGUGAAUCAGUUGAACAAUUUCGAUCAAUUCUUGAAGUAGUUGUAUGUGAUAUAAUUAAAUAUCGUAAAGAGAUUAAACGAUUAGAAGAUUCAUAUAAACGAGAAAAAGAAAUGAAUGAAAAUUACUUAAGACGUAUGGAAGAAGAUCAAGAACGUGAAAUGCGUCAAUUAGAAGAUAAAAUUCGUAAAGAAGAACAAAAAAAAUUUGAAGCGUUACGAGAAUCAAUUCAACAACGUGCAUCAAAACAAAUAUCUGAUUUACAAGCAAAUGUUCAACGUUUACAAGCUAUUGAACAAUGUUAUCUUGAUCGUCAAUCAAAUGAAGAUUCAUCAAUUGGUUUAUUGCGUGAAGACAUUUCGAAAUUAACACAUGAAAAUCAAACACUUAAUUCAUCAUUAAAUGAUUCAUUAACUAGUAUUGCAAUAUUAAAAAGUGAUUUACAAUCAUUAAAAACACAGCUCAAUGAACGACAAGCAAUGUUAUUACAAGAAAAACAAGCAUCAUCAAAUAGUUAUCGUGAAAAAGAAUCAUUACAAUCAAAUAUUCGUCAACUUGUUGAAGUCAAUAAAAAACUUCGUGAUGAAAAUGAUACAUUACGUGAAACGAUUGAAUCAAAUCAAUCUGCUGUUUCUCCUUCCGAUAUUCCUCUAGCAUCAAAACGAUCGAUAUCUCGAACUGGAUCAAUUCUUGAGAAUUAUUGGACUACGAAUAAUCCUAAAAUGGACUGUACAUCACCCACAUAUAUGCAAACAACUCAACUACAAUCAUCCAGUCUUAGAACAAUCAAUUCAUUUGAUAUCGAAUCAACUGAUGAAAUAGGUAUAACUGCAAACAAAAAUUCAUCUAAAUCUACACUCGAUGUUGCUGAAAGUUCAUCACAAAAAGCUUUACCAGCAAUAUCAAAUUCAUUUUCUACUAAUACAGCUAAUAGGAGCAAUACUAUGAAUGAUAGUGGUUUAUCAUUAACAACAGUACGUGAUGUAACUGAAUUUGAAUCCGAUCGUGAUUUCAAUCUAAUGUCAAGAAAUUCAAAACAAUAUCGAUCGAUGCCUAUAAAACGUAAUAAUGAUGAUACUGAAUCUGAUGAUGUUUUUGAUGAGAAUUCAUUUGAUCGUAAUAAUCCAAAACGAUGGUCUCAACAGCGUUCAAUAAAACGAACAUCUAGUGAUGGACGUUCUUCAUUAAAACGUUCUACCAAUAAAUCCUUUACAUCUAAUAUUAUGCCUAUGCGAAAACAGAGUGGAUCAUCAAUAGCAGAUUUCCAACAAGAACAAAAUAUAUCAAAUCUUCCAUUUGAUCGUAUGUAUAAAGUUGUUUUUUGUGGUGAUGCAGCUGUUGGUAAAAGUACAUUAAUAAUGCGUUUAUGUAAAGGAAAAUUUAUUUCAAAUGUUAAUUCUACAUUGGGUGUUGAUUUUCAAAAUAAACAACUCGAAUUAGAUAAUAAACGUAUAGCUAUACAAUUAUGGGAUACAGCUGGACAAGAAAGAUUUCGAAGUAUUGCAAAAUCAUAUUUUCGUCGAUGUGAUGGUGUUAUUCUUGUUUAUGAUGCCACAUAUGAACGAUCAUUUUUAAAUGUUCGCGAAUGGAUUGAUACAAUAUCAGAAUCAACACCUAAAAAAGUUUCAGUUAUGAUUGUAGCAAAUAAAAUUGAUUUAAGAGAUCAAAUGCGUUCAGAAGGAAAACGCGUUAUUGAACGUGAAGAUGGAGCAAGAUUAGCUAAAGAAUAUCAAGCAUUAUUUAUUGAAACAAGUGCAAAAGAUGGUACUAAUUCAAAUGAAACACUUAUAGAAUUAGCUCGAGACAUGCAAUGUAAUGAAGAUUUAGAACGUUACCGUGUAAAGGGAAUUGAUUUAGAUAAAACAACGAAAAAAUCUACAUGUUGUGGUAGUAAAUCUUAA